GACCUCCUCCGUAGAUUCCGUGUGACUCCGUGUGAUUCGCUGCAGUAUGGUGCGGUCGGUUGUGUUGUGAGGAGCCCGUCAUGCGGGAUAGUAAGAUGGCAGAAUUAAAAUUCGAAGCACCCCUCGCACAAUUCGAGGAGACCGAUGAAUGGGGAACAAACGAGUUUCAAACAGCAACAACCGGUGUUACACUCAAAUCCGAAUCGGAAUUGAACAACAUCAACUUGAAGAAAAAUAAAAAGGAUAAGGAUUUAAAUGACGUCCUGAACGAUUUUAAUGAGGAUAUUUUGUUGAACGAUAACUUGAAUUCCGCAAUAGUUAAUCAAAAAACCUUGAUCAAGAAUGGAGACACGGCUUCAGUUGCAGAUAAUUUUACCGAAACAUUUUCCGGAUCGUUAGAGGAUUUGGUUAAUACUUUUGACGAGAAAAUUACCAAGUGUUUUGGAAAUUAUGAGGAAUCUGUGGAAAAGUUAGCCCCUGUUCAAGUCAGAUCUCAGGAAGAAAUAAUGAACGAAUGCCAAUAAAAUUAACUUUGAAAAAAUUGAUUGUUACAUCAAUGACACAUAAUAAGAACACCUAGUUUCCAUGAUGAAAAGACGACAAAGCUUUUGCGCACUAGAGGGUAAUUGGAUAAAAUCAAUACUUUUGGCGUCUUGUUGGGGGAGUCUGUUACCCUUGCAUUUAACUUCACAUGAAACUUUCAUAAUGAAACAGGUAGUUAUUUAGAAAACAAAGUCGACCUUUUGUACAUGUACCCGCCACCAUUUAUGUAUAUUUCCUUGCAAUUAUUGAUUAUUACAUUACAUACAUAUAUGAUUAUAUAACAACAAUAAAAGUACCUACACUUGU